UCUGCUCGACGUGCUGCUGCUGUGCGGGCCUGGCUCCUCCAGCUGCACCAUUGCAUCACUGAUGGUGCCAUGAUCCAGUUCUAACUGUGGGUAAUGACGAGACAUAAAACCAAUCCUGGAGAUGCCGAAGAGAAGAGACAUUCUUGCCAUCGUGUUGAUAGUGUUACCGUGGACUCUGCUCAUCACCGUUUGGCACCAAAGCGCAAUCGCUCCGCUGCUCGCCAUCCGCAAGGAUGACGGAGCCGACGGAGGGCGGAGGGAGGCGGGCCAGGCCAGCGACUCUAAGGAGUACUGCUCCUCUGAUAAGGACAUAGUUGAGGUGGUGAGGACGGAGUACGUGUACACACGGCCGCCACCAUGGUCCGACGUGCUGCCCACCAUCCACAUCAUCACCCCAACCUACAGCCGCCCGGUCCAGAAGGCAGAGCUGACGCGGCUGGCCAACACCUUCCUCCAUGUGGCCAACCUGCACUGGAUCCUGGUGGAGGACUCUCAGAGAAGGACCCCGCUGGUCACACGCAUGCUCAGGGAAACGGGCCUCAACUACACCCACCUGAACGUGGAGACUCCCAGGAACUAUAAGCUGCGUGGGGACACACGGGACCCCAGGAUACCCCGGGGCACCAUGCAGAGGAACCUGGCGUUGCGCUGGCUCAGAGAGACUUUCAACUCCAACAGCAGCCAGGCGGGCAUUGUCUACUUCGCUGAUGACGACAACACCUAUAGCCUGGAGCUGUUUGAGGAGAUGAGGUCAACAAGGAAGGUAUCUGUAUGGCCCGUGGCCUUCGUUGGUGGUCUGCGCUACGAGUCGCCCAAGGUCAACGCAGCGGGCAAGGUGUACGGCUGGAAGACUGUAUUCGACCCUCACCGGCCCUUUGCCAUCGACAUGGCAGGCUUCGCCAUCAACCUGCGGCUCAUCCUCUUCAAGCCCCAGGCCUACUUCAAGCUGCGGGGAGUGAAGGGAGGCUACCAGGAGAGCAGCCUGCUCCGAGAGCUGGUCACACUCAAUGACCUGGAGCCCAAAGCUGCUAAUUGCACUAAGAUUCUCGUUUGGCACACUAGGACGGAAAAACCUGUCCUUGUAAAUGAGGGGAAAAAAGGAUUUACAGACCCCAACGUGGAGAUUUGACGUUGUCUCCUCGGGCAAUGGUGGUUGUCUAAUAUGGACCCUGAGAAGAAAAAGAGGCCAUCUCCCAGUGCAAACAGUGUUCAUGUCUUAAUCAUCUCAGAAAAGACUGCCUCGGGGGCAAAAUCUUAAUCCCCUUGACUGAAACUAAACACUUUUAAUAUUGGGAUUAAAACAGUACAAAUGUAUCAUAUUAAAGCACAGAUUAGUUCAAGAUGGCAAUAUUUAUCAGGUUAAAUGUUGCUAGCAGCACCAACAUCAAGCAGACGGUGAGAGCUGAGUCAUUAAGGAUCAACGGAAGAUCGAUGCUCUCGGAACCUGCAUGGUACCAUACUGCGUCUGUAGUGUCCUAACACGAGACAGCACAACACAAACAUUGCAGGGAGAGAGGGAGUUACGCAGCCAAUGAGAUGGAACAUUACUGGCCUGAACAGGCUAAUGAGAUAUCCAUUGUCUUUCCUUCUAUAGACGUGGAUCUACAGGGCAGGGGAUGAGAUCCUGAGAUCUUAGUAGGGUCUGUAAGAGACUGGAGGAUCUGAUUGAACACUGAGCCUCUGGACACCUUUAAUAGACAUGUACUGAAAUGUCCUCGUCUUCAGACCGAACAAUACUGGAGAAUCCGAACAAGUCAUCUCUCAGAAGAUCAAUUCGACUUUCAAUUUUAAUUUGUUUGUUUUUGGUGUUUACAUACAUUUUCUUGCUAGUUCAAUACUAUUGACUUGACUCUUGCCUCCAUUUUGAAAGCUACAGAUGUGGCACCAUCCAUUUUCAGUGUCAUUCUCAGACAGGUCAUUCAGUGUGUACUGAAGCUAUUCACUUGAAAUAAGUGACAUCAAGAUGGGCUCCUAAUGCUUGGGAGGCACACAAUAUUACAAGUCAACGUCCCAAAACUUAAUUUAACACUUAAAAGCACCAGUGACUGUGUUCCUAAGUGGCAAAACGUGUACAUACUAAUUUAACACAGGAACAAUUAGAGGACUCAUAGUAAGGUCCUCUCAGAUAAAAUGUAACAACUGUAUUUAUAUAAAUGUAAAAAUCAAAACUAAGAAUUUACUUAGGCAUUGCCAAUAACACCUCACUGUAUGACCACUGGCAUAGCACAUGUUCUCUCCUGUUUUUCCAUCACAUGACAUGGACAGUAUAACGGCACAUCACCAAGUUGGGUUAAACCUAACGUUGUAACCAUGUUACAGUAUUCACAUUACCCAAUGAUGAGCACUUUGGCAGAUGGCCAUAUAGUAUGUUGGUUUAUAUAACCACAGUAGCUAACUAGUAGAGUAGGACAAAAUAAAGCAUUUGACAUUAUCCAAGCUAAAGGCACUGACAGUACAAGUCGAGAUAUACAGUAAAAUCUGCAUAAGUAUCCAGGUUCACAGUGCGUAUUGCCUACGUAAGUUAGAUAUUUGCGCUACAUCUAUAAGCCCAGUGCAGUGUAGAAAUGUUGCUGAAUACUUAACCACAGUUUCAUCAGAGGUAAACAGAAUCAUGCUAAAAUGUUUCCAAGAAACAUCCGUCAUUCAUUAAUGCGUCUAUGAACUGUAGGCAAGUAAGAAGGCAAAUCAAAUAUUAAAAAACAUGAAAACUAGAAGAAGAUCCUCUGCUUUGGACAACUACUAGGAAGAUACCCCAUGCUAGAACCCCAGUCUGCAACACCAUUCUACCCAUGAAUGCUCAAUCCUAUUUUUUUGCCCUUACAAAACUGUACCAUGUACGGGUUGAAGUUAGUUUUGUGUCAAUUCUUGGAUAUAGCAGGCAAAACUUAAUGACAAGCACAAUUGAAUUGAUGUCAUGCUCAGCUACACCUUCAGCUACAGUAUUAAGGUUUCAUGUCUGUUUCAAUUUCUUCAUGGAUCCUUCAGUUAUACCUCAAAUGUAGCGGAAGACACUAAUGGCAAACUAUGAAAAAGGAAGAUCAAUGACCAGGAUAGUUAUGGCCUAUUAACUUAUCCAAAGUAGUAUGAGAUCAAAUACGCUUUUCCUAUCAGUUACUGUUCCCCCAUCGGAUAUGGCUCCCCACAAAAAUAUGCUCCCCCAUCAGGUCAAGUGGACAUACCAACAUGUCAUUUCUGAUCAUUUCUAUUCAAUAGUAUUGUUUCAUUAAAGAAGUCAAACCGAAUGUUUUGAGAUCAAACAAUGUGUGUGGCUGUUAACGUUCAUGUUGACCUCAUCUUUAGGCUUUGGAUUGCACAGCAGUACCAUUAAGAUCAUUAGGAAAGAAUCAAUGUCUUCUGAUCUGUUUCCAUUCAAAAUGUCAAGUGAAGUCUGUCUAUUUAUGCGAAAAUCUAAAUUAAUAUAUUUAUUUAUGUAUUUAUUUGAAGUAUGAAUGUCCUCUUGUCAAAUUGAAUUAUAAUUGAACAUUUAUUUGUCCAUGUUUGCCCCCACCCCCUUUUUUCAUCGCUGCCUGUCAGCCACUGAGGUUCAGAAACCACACGCAGACAAGCUCUGAGGUUACAUUUAAGUUCGUGGGCAACACCAAACAACUGAGACACAACAUUUCAUUAUUUACCAUUAAUUCUGUAUUGCUCUGACUUCAAUUGCCAUCAAUAGCCUUCAUUUUCAAUUACCUUUCUUAGAAUUGAUUGUGUUCAUUAAUGUGAUUUUAGGAAAAAUGUUUGGGCCUGUCUAGAGAGCCCUGCAGAGAUGAACCCAGAAAACACUAAGACAUGAGCUAUACAUAAUGAAAGUGCAAUUUCAACUCUUGGAUAUUUAAUGGAGCUUGCUCCUACACUGUUGUAAUCACAUAAAUAAUCAUAAGUUAGCUGUAGUACUCUGACGGUACAAAACUCAAACUUCUCCUUCCAUCUCUGGCUUUCUCACACUCUCACAGUUGGAUCAACGAGCGAUACUGUUCUGACCAUCAGACACGGCUUUAAUGUAAUGGACCAGCCUUAUCCAGUGUUUAGCUUCGUAGUGGUACAUACAUAAUGUAACAAAGGUGAUGGUUCAUACAAGGCCCUAAAUGCUUUCUUAGGGCAAAUCACUAUUUCCGCCCCUUCCUUUACCUACUUUGAUCCACAGUCAUCUUCCAUCCUUGUGUGAAUCACUUCUUCUGCAUGUAACUCUAAAGGUUGUUCAUUUCUCCUCAAGACUCCAUCUCAGAGAUACCAUAUGGCAUUUAUCAAGAAAAAUAAACAACUGAAAAGUGAA